AGGCAGUAAGAGAGGCCUGAGAGCCGCAGGGGCAGCUCUUGCUGCAGGCACCACUGGCUUCUCUGGAGCCUCCAGGAAGGAGCAGCAGCAGGAAUCAGCUCUUCCCCUCGGGCCCCCACCGGGUGCCCCAUACCCCCAGCCAGGCCCCACACCCCAACGCCAGCCCGCCAUGGGGCUGCGGGAGUCCCCGUUCUCCAGCCAGGCCCUGGCGGCCCUGAACUGCCUGGCCCAGGGGAUGCUCUUCCCUGGCUUCUGGGCUGUCAACCUGGUCCUUGACCUGCAGGAGACCACGGCGGAGAGGAAAAGGCACCGCCGGGGCUGGUGCCAGUGCUGCUGCGCCUACACCUGGCGGGUGCUGGCUGGGCUGGCGGGCUCCGUGCUGCUGCUGCUCUCACUGCCCGUGGCCGUCCUGGGGCUGCUGCUGUGGCUGCCGGUGCAGGCGGCGCGGCGGCCCUUCGCCUACCAGCAUGUGGUGGGCCUGGUGCCCACCAAGGCCUGGGCCUUGCAGCAGCGCCAGACCUUCACCUUCGUCAGCGCCAACCUCUGCCUGCUGCCCAGCGGGCUGGCCAAGUUCAGCAACCUGGGCCAGACGCUGCAGCGCGCCGCCUACGCGGCCCGCGAGCUGGCACCGGCACCCUGGGGCCCCGCCAGCACCCGCACCAGCCUGGUGCCUCCCCGGCACAGGGCGGCGAGCGGCUACGGGGUGACCCUCUGCACCCCGCUGCAGCCCGGCGGGCAGCCCCGGCCCUGGGACAGCGUGGUCGUGGAGGUGCCCGAGGACGAUGGCAGCGGCGGCCUGGGCCACGGGGACCUCGAGGGGCGCAGGGGCGCUGAGGAGCACGGGAACGUGGAGGAGCGCGGGAACGUGGAGGAGCGUGGGAACGUGGAGGAGCACUUCCCGGCGGACGCGGACUUCCUCUGCCUGCAGGAGGUGUUCGACCCCGGGGCGGCCGCCCUCCUGCGCCGGCAGCUGGGCUGCUCCUUCGAGCACAUCGUCUACGACGUGGGUGCCUACGGGCUGCACAGCUGCUGCGGCGGCUUCAAGCUGCUCAACAGCGGGCUCUUCCUGGCCAGCCGCUACCCGGUGCUGGCCGCCCAGUACCACUGCUACCCCAACGGCGCCCGGGAGGACGCCCUCUCCGCCAAGGGGCUGCUCUCCGUGCAGGUGCUGCUGGGCUCCGUGCAGGGCCGGAGGAUCGUGGGCUACCUCAGCUGCACCCACUUGCAGGCGCCUGCACGUGACGCCGAGGUCCGCAACGCCCAGCUCACGCUGGGGCUGCACUGGAUGCAGCUCUUCCGGGAUGCCACCGAGGAGCGCGGCGACGUGGUGGCCUUCGACGUUUACUGCGGAGACCUCAACUUCGACAACUGCUCCCAAGGCGACCAGAUGAACCAGACGCACCGCAUCUUCGAGGACUACUGGGACCCGUGCCGCGUCGGGCCCGGCCAGGACCAGCCCUGGGCCAUAGGCACCCUGCUGAACUCCCUGAAGCUCUACGAGGAGCCGGUGUCCAGCCCCGAGAGGCUGAAGCGCACCCUGGAGCAGGAGGCGGGUCGCCGCAGCUACCUGGCCGGCCCGGUGCUCCCCGACGGGCGGCCGGACCCGGCGGCGCGGGGCCCCUGGCGGGGGCGGCGCCUGGACUAUAUCCUCUACCGCGAGCACCUGGGGCCCGUGGCGCUGCGCACGGAGGUGGAGGCGGUCUCCGUCGUCACCCAGCUGGCCGCCCGCUCCGACCACUUGCCCGUGGUCCUCCGGCUCGCCGUGGGGCCGGCGCUGCCGUGACGGCCCGGAGCGGCGCCCCGAG